CCGGAAGUUGCCAUCGGUCGCAUGCGCGCGGUGUCUUUGUCGGCGGCUUGACGCAUUUCCAACAACUCUGGAGAGACGGCGUCAGUGACAGUUGCUUUUUCCCUACACAGCGCCGCCGGGAGAAGAGCUUGAAGAAGUGGAGGCACAGGCCCGGCUGCACGGAGACCUCUCUCUGGGACCGCUCGGCUCUCCUCUCCCCCCCGCCAUGGAAUAAUUUUCGCAAAGUUUCCGCCACAACACGCCGAACAUCGUCCCGUUUUGUUUUUUUCGCAUCACUGAAGGAGCGUCACACCUUGACAGAGUCGGACAAGUCAUGACGUUGAGCUCCGGAGGCCAGCUGCAGAUGUUUAGCUCAUGACUGGGAAGCCAUGAAGCAGCCAGGGAAGUGACCUCGGUGGACACUACAGCCUGGGGGUGCCACCAUGGCAUCCAAGGAGAGACUGUACGAGGUCUGGAUGCUCUACUGCACUAAGAAGGAUCCAGACUACUUGAAGUUAUGGCUGGAGAUUUUUAUCGGCUCUUAUGAGCGAUGCCUGGAUGUCGACUUCGAAAAGUCACCAUCAAGGCCAGAGGAGGUUCCCCCGGUGUUGACACUCCUCCCAGACAACAUCCUGCAGGUUUUGCGCCACCAGCUGCUGCAGUGCGUCCAGAAAGCCUCUGAUGGCCUGGAGCCUGAGCAGCAAAACCUGGCUCUGCUGCUGCUCAAGUUCCUUAUCAUCAUCUGCAGGAACCUAUCCAACGUGGAGGAGAUUGGCACUUGCUCUUACAUCAAUCACAUCAUCACCAUGACAACACUGUACAUUCAGCAGCUGAAGAGCAAAACCAAAGAGAAGGAGAUGGUGGACCAGAGCCAGGCUGAGGAGUUUGUCCGUCACGCGCUUGCUUUCUGCGAGAGCCUCUACGACCCGUACCGCAACUGGAGGCAUCGAACCUGCGGGGAGCAGUUGGGUACGGUAGAGAAGAGUAGACAGAAGUACAAGGCUGCUCCUCUCACGGUUGAGUUUGUUCCUUUCUUUUACCAGUGCUUCCAAGAGAGCGAGCACCUAAAGGAGAGCCUGAAAUGCUGUCUGCUGCACCUGUUUGGAGCCAUAGUAGCUGGUGAUCAGAGGAAUGCUCUGCUUGCCAUCUCCCCAGCCACCAUGGAGGUUCUGAUGCGGGUUCUGGCCGACUGUUCUAUGGGCAGCUGCUCUUCAGACGAGGGCGAGGACUGGGACAGCGAGGCCCCCGACCGUAAGGCCCUGCUGACUCUGGGCUGCCUGAGGGAGGUGGUGCAGCGCCUACUGGCCGCAAGCUCUGACCAGCGGCAAGUGGAGAUCGCCUCAGUGCUGGAAAACUACUUCAAGCUGCUCAACUCAGACCCGGCUGCUGUUGUGGCUGCUCGACAGCAACAGCAGUCCAAGGGCCAAAUGCCAACACUGGGCAGACACUGGGAGAGCCGAUUCGUGGCGCUGCAAGUAAACAUGCUAGACACUAUCAGGGACAUGUUCCUGUGUUCAGACAGGCCAGUUCUACAAGCCAUCUUCCUCAAUAGUAACUGUUUCGAGCAUCUGACACGACUGCUGCAGAACAGCAAGCUGGUUAACGCUAGGUGCACGGCGGCAGACAAGGACCAGAAAGAUAUAACCAACAACAGGUUACUGACAGGAGAGAGGGACACUCAGGUGUUUCAAGGGCGACUUGACUCCCUCGCUGUAGCAACCAUCAAAGCCCUGACAACAGUGAUGCACAAAUCACCAGCUGCAAAGGAGGUGUUCAAGGAGAGGAUUGGUUACAAUCACCUUUAUGAAGUUCUUACCUCACUCGGUCAGCCAUCGCGGCACCUUCUCAAAGAGCUGAUGAACAUGGCUGUGGAGGGUGAGCACACCUCAGUGGGGCUCCUGGGCAUCAGUAACGUGGAGCCCUUGUUGCUGCUGGUCCAGUGGCUCCCAGAGCUGGAUUCAUCAGAGCAGCAGCUUUUUACGGCCGACUGGCUCCGCCGCCUCAGCUGCCUCAACCGACAGACCCGUGCCACAUGCGUCAACGCUGCCAUGGUCAUGCGAGCACUGGCUGGCCUCGAACGCCACCAACGGUUACACCGAGCUUGUGCCGAGAGCCUGUUGGGGCUGCUGGGCUCACUGGGCUCUCAGUCCUUGAGUGCCAAGGAACUCCUGGGCUUCUUGCGCUUCCUCAGGCCAUCAGAGUCUACACAAGCACACCCACUUGUAGGUCCUGCCUUAAAGGCGCUUCUGACCAUGGUACGGAAGCAGGGCCUGGAAAGUGCCAUGCAGUACUUUGACCUGUCACCCAGCAUGGCCGGCAUUGUAGUCCCAACAGUGCACCGCUGGCCAGGCUCUGCCUUCAGCUUUCUAGCCUGGCUGUCACUUGAUCAGGACCAGUUGGGUCCACCUAGCAAGGACAAGAGGAAGCAACUCUACAGCUUUUUCACACCAGGAGGGACAGGGUUUGAGGCCUUCAUCAGCUCAGCGGGGACACUGGUCGUGGCUGUAUGCACGAAGAAGGAGUAUGUCACAGUAAUGCUGCCCGACUACUGCUUCUGUGACUCCCUCUGGCACAGCAUCGGUGUGGUCCAUGUACCAGGAAAGAGGCCAUUUGGACAGAGUCUCGUCUACAUUUAUGUGGAUGGACAGCAGAAACUGUCUGCCACCCUGAAGUUCCCCACCAUGACUGAGCCGUUCAUCUCCUGCUGCAUCGGCUCAGCAGGCCACCGGACCACCACUCCCCCUCCCUCCCAGAUCCCAGACCCUCCCUUCUCCUCUGCCACCACACCCACCACGCGCUCCUCGCUGGGCGGCAUCCUGUCACCGCAGACCUGGGGGGGCCUGCUUGGGGGGAAGUCUGAGUCUGUGACUAAGCUCAUCUCUGCAGGGACUCAGGACAGCGAGUGGGGAAGCCCUACAUCCUUGCAGGGCCAGCUGGGGAGUGUUAUGGUCUUCCAUGAACCCCUGCAGCCCAACCACAUAAAAGCCAUCUGCAGUGCUGGUCCAAACUGCAUCUCCCCAUUCAAAGCUCAAGAUUCAGAAGUUGGAGACCUUUACACCAAGUUACUGCUGCACUACUCACCAAAGGCAUGCAGGAACCCCAUCUGUCUUGAUCUGUCUCCAAACAUGCUACAUGGACGCCUGACUGGGAAUAAAGUCGUCAACUGGGAUAUCAAGGAUAUGAUCAACUGUGUGGGCGGCCUGACGGUGCUCUUUCCUAUCCUGGAGCAGCUGGCCCUGGUGACCCCUGAUCAACAGUCCAGUGAUCCAGCAGCUGGUUCAGAUUUUAUCACCCCUGAUGUGACCACGCCAGCUGACGGAGACUGGGUCAUUCUCCCAUCCAACAGAGCUUCAGAGGCACGACUGGAGAAGAAUCUGGUCGCCACCUUCUUGUUGGUACUAAAGCAUUUCCUGCAGAGACACCCAAUCAACCAGGAGAAUCUGCUCCACUCGCAUGGGGUCGCUACACUAGGAGCCCUGCUGCAGAAGCUGCCAGCAGGUCACGUGGAUGUCAGUGUUCUGGUUGCCGUGCAGCUUCUGAUUGAGCAGGUGACAUGUGAGAAGAACCAGGCUCUGCUCCAGCAGCUUCACACACAUCUGCUCUUCAACUUCAACAUCUGGAACAAAGGAGACUUUCCCUUGCGGAUAGGUCAUAUCCAGUACAUGUCCACCGUCAUCAAAGAUAACAGGAAGCAGUUCAGAAAAAAAUGCGGAGUUCAGUUCCUUUUCGACACUGUGCGCCUCUAUUACGGGAAGAACAGUAACAAGGAGAGCGACCUGAGCGACGAUGACAUUCGUACAAUCCGAGCGUCUCUCUGUGGCCUCGUCAAGUACUACAUCAGCAAGGGGAUGUCGCAGGACGAGAUGCACAGCAUUCUGGGAUACAUCGCUGCCAUCGGAGAUGAGGACCAGUUGUGUGGCCUGCUGGAGUUGUUACUCAGCCUCCUUCAGAGCAGUCUGGCCAGAGACCAGCUCUUCCUGCUGCUCUUUGAGCCAGGGGCGGCCGACUCCUGCUACGCUCUCCUGCUCAAUAACAAGCACUCAGACCGGCUCCGAGAGCUCGUUUUCAAGUUGUUUGAGCGCAUGUUGCGCUGCGACCGCGUCUAUGAGAAGAAUAAGCAGCGCUUGCGGUUGAGGGAGGUGGGCUACGCCGGCCUAUCUUUGCUGUUCUCCGAACUUCACAUCACUCCCACCCUGAUCCGCUGUCUCCUCAACCAGGUCCUCCACACAGAUCCUGUGGUAAACUACAAAGACCUGAUGGCUCUGGUCCAGCUCACCCACCGGGCCGGACCCAGUGUUCGCCUCAUUGUCUGCAAGAGGGUGUACCAGCUGCUACAAUCCCAACAGGAUGCUGCCGUCCAGAUCUCAAGGCAGCAGUGUUGGCAGGACACUCUGAUGCGACUCUUCCUGCGGGGUGAAGGGUCUCUGCCACUGCGGGGCGCAGACACUGUCAGCACCUGCAGCCUGGACCUGAACCGGCCCAGCGGCAGCGGUAGCAAUCGCCUGGAGUUGCCACUGGAGAGGAAGGCACGGACAGGCAGCGCUACCCGCCUGGACCGGCUGGAGGACGACCGACUCAGCAUAGGCGACACUCGCUCUGUGGACAGCCUGGAGAACGGAGAUGUCAUCUCACUGCUGGACACGCCAUCUUCCUCAGCCUCCACCGAGCCACAACUUCACGUCAAGCCCUGGGUCGUGGGGAAGUCAGGGGGCUUGACGUUAGAUCUGUCUCAUCUGCAGGCCUAUGAGGGCGGGGAGAGUGGCAGCCAGACGCCUGGCAGCAUGCCCAGCACACCAUCACCACUGGAGACCUCAAAGCCUUUCCCAGGGGUCUCCGGGGAUCGAGAUGCAAGUUCCUCCCUUACUGAAGACAGCUUUCUUUUUAGUGACAACAUCUCGCUCGGGGAGUCCUUUAACAGCACUGAGCGGGCUGAGGAGGAGCUGUGCACCAUGCUGCUGGAGAUCGUGCUGUGCGUGAUGUGGCGUGGCGUUGAGGGCUCAGAUGAUUCAGCAUGGCUGGAGCGCGGACAGGUCUUCUCAGCUCUUACCAAACUGGGAACAGCCAACGAGCUGCUGCUUCCUGUCGACCAAAUCAAACUCAGUCUCAUGGAACGUAUGUUGGAGUGGGCCGUAAGUGAUAACCGCGAGGCAUCAGCUGCCACGUUGCCUCAGCAUACAGAGAAUGCAGUUCGGUUGCUUCACAUGGUACAAGACUUCCUGCAGGCGGAGGGCCUGGUCAAUCCAUCUCUGUGGACGGAGAAGGUGCUGGAAGAGACCGUGACCCUGAUGGACAGCCUCAUGGUGUGGUACUCGGCUGGCACCCAGUGGUUCCAGCUCUCUCAGGUUGGACUAAGACUGCUACUGGGCUUCAUGGCUCAGGAGGAUCCAGAUGUGUGCGCCAUGGCCACCGCCAAGCUCAACGGCAUCCUGCAGACAAAGGAGGUGUCCAGCCAGGACGAGGCCUGUUACCUGCUAGGUAAGGUGGAAGGAAUCCUGCGGCGCUCCGUCAAGGAGCAAACGGAGGAGACAUAUUCCUUCCUGGUCCCCCUGCUGCGAACACUGCUCUCUAAAGUCCACCGCCUCCUCUACAUGGAGCUGCACCUCCCCCAGCUGCCUGACACCAAUGGCAGCCCCUCCUUCUUUGAGGACUUCCAGCUGUACUGCAACUCACCUGAGUGGCGCGUCUACCUCGACAAAUAUAUUAUCCCAUACAUGAAGCAGUAUGAAAUCGAAACAUUUAGCCAGGGUCAUGAGACCAUGGCUCUCUACUGGAAGGAGUGCUACGAGGCUUUUAUGGUCAGCCUGCAUAAGCGAGAGAGGGAGAGGGGUGAGAGCAAAAUCCGCUUCCAGGAGCAAUUUGUGGAGCCUUUCACGCGCCGAGGCCGCCAGGAGAACCUCCGCUACAACAGUAUGUUGAAGCAGCAGCACAGCCAGAACAGUGCCACCCUCAGGCAGUGGAAGGCAGCACGUCGGGGUCUUGUGUGUGAGAGAGGGCCCUGGGCUGACAGGCAGCAGGAUGAGAUGCACUGGAGGGUUUCCAGUGCUGAGAACUUCUCACGCAUGAGACUGAAGCUGGUCCGUAACUACAAUUUUGACCCACACCGAGAGGCCAGCGCUCUGAGAGACAACCUAGGUGUCCAUCAGCAGCGUGUAAACCCUGAGUCUCUGCUGCUGGAGGCUGUGAAGCAGGUUAAAGUCAGCGAUCUGGAAGAUGACAUCCUGGAGCUGCCGGAGGACGACCCUGCUGCUGCCAACAACCAAGCUGAAGCAGAGGAGGCAGGCCAGAAGGAGAAGCUGGUGCUGUGGGAGGACUGCGAGCUGGUGACUGUGGUGGAUGUGGUGCCCGGGCGCCUGGAGCUCACCACCCAGCAUAUCUACUUCUAUGAUAGCAGUCAGGAGAAAGAAGAAGGAGUGGGCCAUGACUUCAAAUGGCCCCUGUCUCAGAUCCGAGAGGUCCACCUGCGACGUUACAACCUGCGGCGUUCGGCUCUGGAGAUCUUCCUCAUCGACCAGACCAAUUACUUCCUCAACUUCAAGAAGGAGGCGAGGAACAAGGUCUACAGCCGCAUGUUGUUGCUGCGAUCACUCAGCCUUUAUGGGACCAGAUCACCACAGGAGCUCCUCAAAGCCUCGGGACUCACACAGAAAUGGGUGAACCGAGAGAUCUCCAACUUUGACUACUUGAUGCAGUUGAACACGAUUGCAGGCAGAACGUACAACAAUCUGGCUCAGUAUCCAGUGUUUCCCUGGAUUUUAGCUGACUACACUUCAGAGGAGCUGGACCUGUCUGAUCCUCGAGUGUUCAGGGACCUUUCAAAGCCAGUGGCUGUUCUUAAUGACCGAAACGCCAAGGCCGUUAGAGAGAAGUAUGAAAGUUUCGAGGACCCGACAGGCACCAUCGACAGGUUCCAUUAUGGCACCCACUACUCAAACGCUGCCGGAGUGAUGCACUACCUGAUCAGAGUGGAGCCCUUCACCUCACUGCACAUCCAGCUGCAGAGUGGACGGUUUGACUGUGCCGACCGCCAGUUCCACUCAAUACCUGCGACAUGGCAGACGCUCAUGGACAACCCCAACGACGUCAAAGAGCUAAUCCCGGAGUUCUUCUACUUCCCAGAGUUCCUUGAGAACCAAAAUGGCUUUGAUCUGGGUCGCCUGCAGCUCUCUAAGGAAAGGGUAAACGAUGUUAUUCUGCCCAAAUGGGCCAAGUCCCCUGAGGACUUCAUUUACAAGCACCGUAAAGCCCUGGAGUCGGAGUACGUAUCCGCUCAUCUCCAUGAGUGGAUCGAUCUGAUCUUUGGUUACAAGCAGAGGGGUCCUGCAGCUGUGGAGGCCCUGAACGUCUUCUACUACUGCACAUAUGAGGGAGCGGUGGAUCUGGACGCCAUUACUGAUGAAAAGGAGCGUAAAGCCCUGGAAGGCAUGAUCAGCAACUUUGGACAGACUCCCUGCCAGUUACUUAAGGAGCCGCAUCCAGUGCGACUGUCUCAGGAGGAAGUGGAGAAGAGGAAGGCUCAGCUCGACUCGUGUCCACUCAGCAUGUUUGAACACCUCAGCGACCUCAAGUCCUUCUUUGUCGAGGGUAUCAGUGACAAAGUGCCGCUGGUCAAAGCUGUGGUGCCAAAGAAUCAGUCCCAUUCUUUCAUCACCCAGGGGAGCCCCGACACUAUGGUGACGGUGAGUCAAAACUGCCUGGUUGGGACCCACGGGUGGCUGCCUUACAACAAGAACAUCUCCAACUACUUCACCUUUAUUAAGGACCCCACAGUGUCCAACAGCAAGACCCAGCGUUUCCUGUCUGGACCCUUUGCCCCCGGCGUGGAGGUCACAGCUGGAUUAUUUGUGGUCUCCCACGAUGGCAAGUUGCUCUUCAGCGGUGGCCACUGGGACAGCAGCCUCCGGGUCACCUCCCUGGUUAAGGGCAAGACUGUGGGACAGCACAUCCGACACAUGGACAUUGUAACCUGCUUGUCAACGGACCACUGCGGCAUCCACCUCAUCUCCGGCUCCAGAGACACAACCUGCAUGGUGUGGCAGGUUCUGCAGCAGGGUGGAGCUCCUGUGGGUCUCUAUCCCAAACCAGUUCAGGUGUUGUAUGGACACACGGACGAGGUGGUCAGUGUCAGCAUCAGUACGGAGCUGGACAUGGCUGUGUCUGGAUCAAGGGAUGGGACGGUGAUCAUCCACACGGUGCGUCGGGGUCAGUACAUGCGUUGCUUGCGGCCGCCAUGUGACAGUUCCCUGCCUCUCUCCAUCCUCCACCUGGCCGUGUCCUGGGAGGGUCACCUGCUGGUGCACACCUGCCUGGAGGGCAAAGCAACACUCAAGGAUAAAAACGCUCUACAUCUGUACUCAGUAAAUGGGAAGCACCUUUGCAGUGAACCUCUGAUGGAGCAGGUGACUGAUAUGUGUGUGUCGGGAGAGUAUGUAGUCAUCGGCAGUGAGCAGGGAUACCUGUCCAUCCGUGACCUCUACAGUCUGUCUCUUUGCACAGAGCCCAUGGCCAUGAGGGUGCCAGUGCGUUGCGUCUCGGUCACCAAGGAGCAGAGCCACGUCCUGGUGGGCCUGGAGGACGGCAAGCUGAUCAUCGUGGGCGUGGGCAAACCUCCGGAGAUGCGUUCGGGCCAGAUCACACGGAAGCUGUGGGGCUCCAGCAAGAAACUGACCCAGAUCUCCUCGGGGGAGACGGUGUACAACAUCUAGCGUGACCAUCCUCACCAUCCACCCUUACCCUUCAAGCCCUGAACCCCUCCUUCCCUUCCUCCACACACAUCCACCCACAUUCCUGUCACCCAGUUUGCCUCCAUACAUACCGUCUGAGGAGCUCUCCUCAGCAUCUUUCCAAAGUUUAACAGGAGGUGGGCAGCUGUGUUUGUUGUGCUAAAAACAUUUAGCGUCACAAAGUCUGCUUAUCCAUGUGUCCAUGUUUUUGCUGUGUGUGUGUGUUGCUGCUUUGGAUUGACUGCAUGGCGCCGGCGCUGUGGUUCAAAUCCAGACGCAGCACCACCCUCACCAGCACUACCCACCGCUCCAAAACAUCCUAAUCUCUCAGCCAGUCAUCAACAUUUUCACAUGAUGCUACAUGGUUAUGCUAAGAGGCACUGUGUACUCUCUGACCUGCUCAGCUUCGGUUUAACAGGAUCAGUCAGCUUACUGCUCUCACGUUUGUAUGUUUUUAUGUAUGAAUGUGUGUGUGUGCAUGUGCAGUAUAUUGCCAUGCGUUAUCUCAAAAUAUAGUUUCAAGUGGCCUUUUCGCCUCCUCUUAGUUUGCCUUCGAUGCAGACAGGCGGGCCUGUGCUCUGCAGGCGGAGACUCCUCAUGGUUGCCUCAAAGCUGCCACACAGCAGCCUUAUGCAGUAAGACAGCUCCAUCACUCACAAGACCAAACUCUCUGCCUUUUCCUGUGUGUUUUUAUAUAUGUGUGUGUGUGUGUGUACGGGUGUGUGUCAUUUGUUUUGUAUUGUGGAUUUCUUUGUUGUUGUCUGUUUUUUUAUGCAUGUGCCCAGCAAUGUGGCAUCUGUUUGUACGCAUGGCAUUUUUGGUCCAGUUUGAGAUUAGGUAGCGAAGUGAUGGAGGAGUUGGGUUUUUUUUUUAUUUUUAUUAUGCUUGACUUGUUUUGUUUUAGAAACAUCUGACACACAACAGAAGAUAGCAUCUGUAGGGUCUGUCUUUAAUGUUAGCAUAUCAUUUAAGAAGUAGUUUUAUACAAAAGAAAUUACACUACAGGCAAGGAAACACUACACUCUGAAACGCAAGACGCUUCCAUGUGAAGAUUUAUCACAGCAGUAGAGAGAAAAAACGCUCAAUGCUUCAUCGAAUGUUUUUAUGUUACUUGAAUCCAUGUUUAUUUAUAAGUCAAAGUAGCAGUUUUUUUAAAAUCACACUUUCAUGGCAUACUUUAAACUCUUCUGACUGUUUGGACACCUGUAAAAGAAGGAGAAAGGAGAAAUCCUCAAGGGCUUUAUGAGAUGUCAGUGUUAGCAGCAAUACAGCUCCUUCAUCGGGUGGCUGUCGAUGCUUCCUUCCUGUUUUUAUUUUUUUUGUCUCGUAUCCUGUCUUCCUUUAGCUUAACUGGGACAGUAAAUGCACCCUAAGAUCCCCGCCCUCAACUUGCCUUUAGCUGUCAUCAUUGCAUCAAACUAUCAUCCUUUGUUGUUUUUACAUCUCAUCCUCCUUCCCGCUCAUUGUGAAGUGACUGAUUUCAGAGGAAUUUUUCCUUUUAUCGAGAAGGUCCGCAUGCCUUGUGUAGGUCGCUCGAAAGACAUGUUGUUCGCUUGUGUGAAUGUGAUCGUCAGAAUCACAAAAAAAGCCACAGUAUGAAGCUCCUGUGGAUUAGACUGUGUGGUUUAUAUUUUUGCACCAUACCUGUGUGUGUGUGUGUGUGUGUGUGUGUGUGUGUGUGAGAUUGAAUCUGUGUGUGUGCAUGAUCGAAUUUGUGUUUGGAUGAUUGAAUUUGUGCGUGUGUGAGAAUAUUUUUUAUAGCCAAAUUCUUGAUUUGAUCAUAUAUGUUGAUACUGUUUCUGUGAACCAUGGCAGCCCUCAGUCAUGUUUUAGGCAUCGGACAUGGGGUUGCUCUAGUGGUUCCCCUUUUUUGUGUUUGGUUUGUAUUUAAAUGUCACAGUGAGGUGGAGUGCAAAGACCAAUCUGUGUCCUUCCAAGAGAUUUCUGUGAAAGGUGCAUAAAAUGUUUUUCAAUGCAGUUUUUUUUUUUUUUGGGACAUUUGUUCAUCCACAUUUUGUCAUUCAGACAAAAGACCACUGUUUGAGUUAUUCCACGACUGCAACAAAAUGGAGUGCCUUUAUCCCCCAGUGUGGUGUUGACAUAGAGCUAGGUUAAAGAUAAUCGUCCCCGACCUUACCGUAACUCUAAUAAAAGCAGCAUUCCAGAUGUUAAAACCUCCACAGGUUCAACAGGAACCAAGAAUAUACUGUAGGACUUCAAAAUCAAAAAAACGUACUAUUUUGUGUCUUAGCAACAUUCUCUGUGACUGUCACCAAAUGGAUGUGUGUAUAUCUGUGAUUAUUUAUGAAUACAGUAUAUAAUGUACAGCAUGAUUUUUAUUUCAGUGUAUUUGAAAUGUACUUUUGCACUUUCCAGGUACUAAAUUGUAACAAAUUGUUUUAACUUGGCUCCCUAAUCUGUACAAACUGCUUUGUAUACACAAGUGGAAAAUGAUCAUUAAAGUCUUGUCUAAAUUUAA